AUGUUGUAUUCUUAAUAACCUUAUUACUACUUUCCAUUCUAUUAGCCUUAAGUUGUUUGUCCAGUCUAUUAUUUUACAGCCUAGACUUUAAAUUAAUAGGAGCAUCAAAUCGAACCUAUAAUGACUUCAAUCACCGACAAUCAACCUACUAAUAGUUAAUAAUUGAAUUAUGAUACAGAAGAAUUAGACCUAGAAAAGAGUGAGAAGCACUAAGACACAAAAAAUCAAUCUAAAAAAUAAAGAGAAACAGUAAUCAAGAAAAAGAAAGAAUUAUCAAAUACUAAAAUUCAUGAAGUAUUAGACUCAACCAAUCUACAUAAAAAUUUCACUAAAGCCCUGAUAGCCUAUGCCUUAAGAUCACAAUUCAUUAUUUACAAAUUGUUAGGAGAAAAGAUGGGACAAGAGUUUCUUGAUUUGAUGCAAAUUGUCAAAAACAAACUCUGUAACCUCACACACAUCCUCUAAUUCACUAAAAAUGACGAAUUCUUGAGAGCUUUUCGUACUUUAGGGUAUACUUUUUUAUAUAUAUAUUUUAGGUUUAUAUUUCUAAAAAAAGAGUCGGUUCCUUAUAUCUAUAACUCAAAAAUCUAACAAAAAACGAGCCAUUUGAAGCACAAAGUAAUCAUAAAGAAAACUCUGUUAAAGAUCUGAACCUUUUUAAACUUUAUAUCUAUC